CAGGCACUGGAAACAGACACGCAACGUUCACUUGCAUGCAGUGCACAUGGACCGAGAUCCCAAUUUCAAUAUACAGUGUGAUCAAGUGUAAAGACAUCAGACAGAAACUAAGCCAUACAUCGAAAAGAAUGACAAAUCGCGAUUUUCGUGUGGAAGUGUCAAACGUGUACCGUGUUGUGCAGAACUGUUAAUCGACAAUGACAGCCCGUGAAUAUUCAUGAAGGCGGCAAUAGUGCGAAAUUGAUUUACGCAUUGCUGAAUGGGCGCAAAUUACCUUAAUUAAAACUCACCCGAUGUACCACUGAGAUCCACCCGUCGGACCAUGGUGGAGUGAGCAUUUUACCUUCUUUCCGAAAAUGGAUACUUUGGAUCAGAGUGACUUUAGUGAUUGACUGCAGUCGUUUUCACAGUGAACCCCUUCAGCGAAAUGGUGCUGGAAUCGGGGGUCUUGCCGCCCCCUUUACAGUUGUACGCGGCGGCGGCGGCACAUUUGGCGCCGAGACCUCCAUGGGCCCCUCUGUUACAGUUCCCGGGGGCGGCUAGUCUGCUGAGUAUGCCAGGGGCUUUUGCGCCCUUGAACCGCCCAAGAUACCCACCAGGAUUGGGACAUGGUAUAAGGGCGCCGCCGGGACCGCCGUCAGAGGAUAGCGGCAGCGAAACGCACAACGGUAAAGGUGGCGCUGGAAGCAGUGGAGAAGGAGCGGAUUCGGAGAGUGCCGCCUCGAAGAGGAGGAGGAGUAGGACGAAUUUUAAUAGUUGGCAAUUAGAAGAAUUAGAAAGAGCCUUUUUAGCAAGCCAUUAUCCUGACGUUUUUAUGAGGGAAGCGCUUGCGAUGAGAUUAGACUUAAAGGAAAGCAGGGUGGCUGUGUGGUUUCAAAACCGACGUGCGAAAUGGCGCAAAAAGGAGCAUACGAAAAAGGGCCCCGGUCGACCCGCUCACAACGCUCACCCCCAGUCCUGCUCUGGCGAGCCCAUACCUCCUGCCGAACUGCGAGCGCGCGAGAGGGCGCGUCGCAGGAAAAAGCUCCAAAAAGCUCUCGAACGGCAGGCGAGGAAGCUGCGUGCCAAGGGCAUCGCCGUCGACCUCGUGGCCCUCAAACGGGAGUACCUGGCCCAGAGGGGCGCGGAGGGCUUGGAUAGUGAUAGCGAUAUAGACGUAGUGGGGGACUCGGGCGCAGAAUCAGAAAGCUACUCUUGUGGGGAACAGGGGAUGUUCUCCUCUGUCCCGGAGUCGGGGGUGGAUCUGACCGCCGCCAACGACGACAAGAAUCGAAGACUUAACCCGUUCAGUAUAGAGUCGCUACUGAACACCUGAAGAUCGGACGAUCGCAUAAACCUUGUGCAAUAAUGUUUUAUAUUGUUAGUGAUAGGCGGCUUCGGCGAGUUCCGGCAUUUCUAGAUCACGUGACGUUGACAGUUUCAAUUUUUUCGACUGUAACACAUAUCAAACGUACGCUUGUUUUCAGACGAAAUGGCGGAAUUUUGGCGAAGAUGACUCAUAUUUAUUGAUGAAGAAAUUGUAAAUAUAGUUUAAAUGAGAACCCUGUGUAUAAACGUCCCAGACAUUCCAGUACUGUAUUCGUUAAUACUAGUAAUAAACAACACAUAGUACAGCAAUACAUCCAGCAAGUUCAAAUUGUUUAGAAUAGAAUUGAACUCUUCGUGCAUGUCGUCCUGUUUUAGUUAAGUUCAUGUACCAUAAACUCGGUAACAAUAUUGUUAUUGCCACUUUAUACGCUGUUACUUGAAAUAUGAAAUAGUCAUUGCAUUAUUUUUAGCAUUUUUCGAAUAAUAGAAAGAUUUCAUUAACAACGAAUAUCAAACGCUAAAAAUCAAAUGGAAGUGAAUAAUAUUGUUAUCAAGCUUUAAAUGUAUUCCUAUUCAGUGAU